UCCAUCAUCUAGCUGCCUUGCCUGCCUGCAUUCGCCGAGCUCUCACACAGAUACACACCAACCCAUACACCCACCACACACACCGAUGCAGCUGACAGCCAGACGCUCGCACACAAAUGCAAGCAGCCACUCUUAAAGACCCCAUGCCAAUUUCAUCUUGGAAUCUCCGACCUACAGCCACCAAAAAUCAUUCCUCUGCUGAUCCGCAUAAAUCACUGGGACAGACAGCAGCAGCGAUCAUCGCGGGCGCUGCAACCCUCCGCUCAUUCCGGCUCUGAAAAUUGACGUCGCGAGACGCUCGGGCGCGCACGGCAGUUGGUAAAGCUCAACGCAACUCGUCGACUUGCCGUUGCGUUGCAGUCGCCUGCAAAUUUUCGGUUUUGAUUGAUUGUGAUUAUGAACGAGACCUUCAAGCUGUCCCGAAUGCAGCGCACCAACAUUGACUUCGAGCGCCAACGGCACCUGGCCAAUUGGCUGGUCAGGAGCAGUCCCCACAUGGCAGCCGCAGCGGCGGGCGCAGCAGCAACACCCACUACAACAGCAUCAUCGUCAGCAGCAGCAGUGACAACGACCACGGGGCAUUCAAACUCCACCGGAGGGGGAGGUGGUGGAGCCACACCAGCAGCAGGGGCAGCAACUACGACAGCAACAACAACAGCACCCAGCAACAGCGUCGCAGCUGCAACGGCAGCUGCAUGUAACGGUGGAGCACCGGCGGGCGCCCAUCACGGCCACCACCUGGCGGCCGGGGCGCGCAAGCCCAAGCUGCGGCGCUUCAACUCCCACGACACCAGCUCCAACAUGUUCUCGGUGGCGGAGUUCGAGAACGCCCGCCUGGCCCGCCGCAACGAGAUCGAGAACCAGCGGCUGGCACGACGCCUGCGCAACUUUGCCAACAGCAGCUGCUACGGCCUGGGCUCGGGCUCUGGCGGGGUAGGCACUGGAGGCGGCGGCUCUGGUCUGGGCGGCUAUUCCGGCUUCAGCAGCGGCCUCAACGGCAGCGGAGACUACUCCACCGGUGACAGCAAGGCCUCCAAGGGCAGCAGCGAGUCGCAGCAGGAAGCUCUGCCCGCCGAUGUAUUCCUCGAGCGGUACUCCCUGCCCCGGGUCGUGCGCAUCUGGCACACCAGCAAGAGCUCCAACGAAACCCUGCAGUCCAGCUCGUCGCACGGCUCCUCCACGGCCGCCUCGAGCAGCUCGUCCACGGGAACCAAGCCGGCGGGCACCACCCCCUCCAGUGGCAACACGGACACCGGCACCGGCACCCAUUCAUCGUCCAGCGGAGGAAGCGCCUCCGGAACCGGAACUGGCUCUGGCUUUGCUCCCGGCCAGCAAAUGAACAGCACCAGGCCCAGCAGCAGCAAUGGCGGAGGCACACCACCCGGCCACGAGGAGCUCUUUCUGCUGUACAGGCAGGUGCGGCAGCGGAGCAUCUACCAUGGACACAAUGCCAAGUCGCAGGCGUCGCAGCGAAAGAAGAGCGUCCUCAUACCGCAGGAGUUUCCGGGUUACUUUUCGCUGCUGAACGAAAAGGGUAUGCCCACGGCCACCCAGUACGGUUCCUUGAUGCAACUGGUCCGCGAGCGCGUCUACAAGUUCGUGUCGGUAGACAACAUGCCGGCGUUCACGGAAUCAUCGCCCAGCAGCGCCAGCAGUCCCACCCACGAGGGAUGUCUACCAGUGGCCAAGGGUCGGCCCCAGUACGUGAAGACGACCGCCCGGGGCGGUCAGGUGUUCCGACUGCUGGCCGUGUUCGAGGAUGGCAAGCAGGAGCCCGGCCAGAUUCACAUGUCGCAGCACGGAAACGUGAAUGUGUCCAAGUCGGGGGGCUACAUGGGCCGGGAGAAGGAGAAGAAUCGAUAUGCCCAGCUGCUCAACGAGAACCGGCAGGUACUGUACGUGCCCCUGUCCACCAAGGGAAAGUUUUACGAAAUCGAGCCAGGCGUGCCACAGCUGCUGCAAAAGCUGGGUGAGACGCAGCGCAAGCUGAAUCCCGAGUGCGUUCACCGACUGGGUGCACUGGUGGCGGCGGCCAAGCAGCUGCCGCUGACUCUGCGCUACAUCUCCGGCCCCGGCGGCUCCGACAUUCCCGAGCAGUUGUGCGUCAGCCAAGUGAGCAAAGAGGACGUGGUAGUGGGCUGCUCCAUCGAGGACAUCGACAACCAAACCCCGUUGCAGCUGAGGAAGUUCUACCCCAGCCGGGACAUGCAGCUGGUCAAGAGCAAUCUGGGCUUCGACUCCGAGCAGCGGAUGCUGGCCAACACCAAUGUCCAGAACAUGCUCAAGUUUUGCCAGUUCAACUGCGACCAGUUCCUGAAGCUGGUGGAGAUCGAGCUGGUCCAGCGUCCGGAGCGCUCGGGCAGCAAAAGCCGUGAGGGUUUGAGAAUCCUGAAACCAUUGCAUCUGCCUAAGAUUCUGAGGCGCGAGAAGAGCAGCAUGGCAGCUGCCCAUGAGAAGGAGGACUCCAUCAUCUUUCUGAGCAAAACGGAUCUGGAGAACAUGGAAGCUAAAGAGGCUGCAGCCACAGCGGCGGCAGCUGCCGCUCAUUCGGAUACCGGGGCCAACCGCAUCUCAGACCGUAUGAAGGUGUUUCAGUCCACGAAGAAGAAGUGGUUCGGAAAGCACCACCAGCAGCAGGUGCCGGCGGAAAAGGCGGCCACCGAUCUGGACCUCGACGAGCAGGCCAAGCGGAUGAGCAUGGAGCGUUACACCGACAUGUCGAAGCUGUUGCAGGAGCGAUUCGGUGCGGAUCCGGAGCAGCCAGAGCAGGACGGUGUCUCGCUGAACAGCACUGGAGCGUCGGAUACCGAGACCACAACCCUGACUACCAUGGAGCCCAAGUCGCUGGACACUUUACUGCAAAAAUCAAUGUCCCUGCAGGACAUUGAACUGCUGAACGGGCAGCGCAAGCCUCGUCCGGAUCUGCUGGCGAGCCAUAACCACUCGGAUGCCAUCAGCGAGGCGGGCACUGAGCUGGAGGACGUGGAGAAUCAGACGCCGCCGCCGCAGUCGUUCAUCACGGAGAAGCUCUACAACGAGUUCCACGUGAAGACUCGUCAGUACAGCAAGUCCUCCUCAAGCCUGCACCAGUUGAGGCAUUUUUCCUUGCCGCAGAAGCUGCAGCUCCACGAAGCGGAAAAGGAGAAGCGCCAUCUGAUGGAGCUCAAGGCCCAGCAGCAGUCGCAGGCUAAGCAGCCGGUUACUGGGCGACGAGCAGCCGGCGGAGUCUGCCUGUUGGCGGGUGGGCUGACCCAUCAGACCCCAGUUGCUUCAUCCUUCCUUCUGGGCGAGGACGACUUGCCUUAUUCGAGUGUACGCGACUCGCUGGUGAUCUCUGGCGAUGGAUGCUUGCGAUCGGAGGAAGCCGCCCAACCCGUCAACGCUGUGGACUACACGAAGGAGAACAUCUACGCGGAGAUAUGUCCUUCGCACACCGUCGACACUUUCUCGGGUGCCACGCAACUCACUCAUGUGGUGGACGACGACGGUGACUACGCAUCUCUCAAGUAUCCGGCCAGCGGGCCCCAGUCGGUUAGCCGCAUCGAGGUGAACGGAGCAGCGACGGGAAAGAACAGCGCUAUCAGCUACCACACCGUGUACCUGGGAGAGGAGCCGCUGGGCGAGAGGCAUGCUGCCCACAUCACCACUGUGGAGCUGGCCGGGGAGGAUAACAUAUACAAUACGCUCAAAUGAUGACUCAUGUGAUUUCGGCGACGCAAGUUAGCCGGUGCCAAGGGCCUGUUUUAGGUAUCACUGGUCAUGGGUCAAGGGCAAGGGCAGGCCAGGAAGAUCAAUCAGGAUGAGAGUCAGUGCAAAACCCUUUUUUUUGUCAAUUGUAUCAAAACAUGUAUUUUUAAUCUGCUAUCAUUUAGCCAAAGCAGUAUAACAAUUAUUUUAGAAAGUGUGUCGAUGGCAAUCGAUGGGAAAUUUGGAAACAUUUAAUCACCAUUUGAUUGCUAACGCAUUCGUCCAUUUAUUUUCAUAAAUACGACUAAGAAAGAAGAGAAAAAUACAUAAAUAUUCUCCUAGGCGGGAUUAGAUUUAGGUUACAAAUUCGUGGCUAGUCUUACUAAACAUUACACUGGGCAGGAAGCUGCCGACGCGAAAAUUAAAUGAAUUUAUGUUUCUAAUUUUAAGAGAGAAGCGUGUAAGAUAGGGCCUGUCCAGGCUCCUUUGCCCUUUGACCUUGACUGACUGGAGCUUGGCGAAAAGUUUAGCGAUUCAAAUACAAUUUACGAUAUAUCAUGUGGCGCUGGUGCACAAAUGCAGACAACACAAACGUAGAGACGACUAACGACUAUUUUCUAUUUCAUUUCGUUACCAAACAUAAAUCUACGAAUAACUCGAAGAGAAUUUGAAUCUGGUUAACAAACGCUUAAAUAAAUAAACGGAAUUACAAAUCUCUGUAAUAACAUAACAAAUUCAAACACAUAUAUAUUUGUAGCGAGUAGUGUUAAGUUUAGGAAACGGCGUUGUAAAUGAAGACGUCCCUGUGGGCGACGAAAAACCCCUAGAAAUGACAACUGAAAUUGUAAUAUUAACCAAGUGAAGACAAGCAAUGUGUAUUGUACAUAAUCUAUAUUUAGGUGGAUCUAUUGCGCCACCAAUUCUCCAUCCCCAAUCCCCAUUACCCGACCCCUGACCCAAAUCCCAAUACGAAAACAAUACAAAAUCAAUACAUAAUUAAACUGAAACAUUUGGAAAUUGCAAUAUUAUACAAUUGUAUACAUUAUAUAUAUAUAUUAUAUAGCUAUACUUAUACACACAUAUACUUACUUAUACAUACGAUUACGAUUUGGAAAUCUUAGUGCAAACCUAAGGUAUUAUUAGCUCGUAGGCAAUCAACAAGUCAAAUCAAAUCAUAAGCGAUAUACAUCUUUAUAUGCAUAUAUACUGUAUAUUUGUAACAUAGCAUCAACUUUUAGGGCAGUAUGCCAAACUUUUACACGAUCUCUCGUAAUUUGUCGUUCUUUUUUGGAAAAAACAAACCCCAUUGACUUGGUUUUGUUGGGUUCACUUCAGUUGUUUGUUGUACCCGCCCGGCAAUUCUAAGUUGAGCAAACACACCGAUUACAUUAAAGUGCGGGCAUGUCCACAACACA